AGGCGUAAGGGGCAAGGAAGGGGUCAUCGUCGUGGAUCUUAGCUCAGAUCCCUCGACCGACAUCCGAAUUGCCUCCCUGCUCCUAUUGGGAAUCAAACUGCCGCCGUGCGCGCCCAGAUCACCGCCUCGAUCGAGUGACGACUCGUCACGGUUGUCACGUCUUAGAUCGAUCCCUUGGGCAAGAUCCGUCGAUUUCCCGCCUGCUUUAAUUCAUCUUUUAGGGUUUAGCUGCGGCAGCUAUUUAGCUCGAUGAGCCCCGGCGUGGGUGUCGCGCAUAUGGAGGACCCCAAGCCUCUGAUUUCUUCUGCAGAUGAUCGAGGCGGCGAUAGAAUUGUCGAUCGAUUCGCCGAUCUGUGCAAGGGAUUGGCUCUUGGUGGCAAUACCGAGAGAGAAGCGAUGAAUGUGUUUAAAGAAGGCAAAAAUCUGUUCUUUGCUUCUGUGACAUCAUUUGGUAGCAGAUCGCCGGAAGAGAUCGGAAGAUACUGGUCAGCAUUUGUUCUCUACUGCGUGCGGAGAUUGAGCACAGGCGAGGCACAGGAGGGCCAAAAGGAAGGCAGGAUUACUUUGUGUCAGAUCUUGAGAGCUUGCGAUCUGGCAAUUGUGGAUUUCUUCAACGAAUUGCCGUUGUUUCCUCUCAAGGCAGGCCAUAUUCUGACCGAUCUUUAUGGCUCUGACUGGGACAAGAGGCUUGAGUUGAAGGAAUUGCAGGAGAAUGUUACACAGUUAAUUGAUCUCAGCAAGUUCUAUGACAAGGCAUUUGGGGAGUUUUUUUCCACUUCUAACAUGAGGAGGAAAGAUCAAGAUUCUGCAGCUUCUGGCAGUGUGGGAAAUGUCCAGGACUUCUAUCGCUUUGGAUGGUUGCUAUUCUUAGCACUUCGCACGCAUGUUUUUACCCAUUGCAAAAAUUUAGUGAUAUGCACCAAAGGACUAGUCUCUAUAUUGGCCAUACUCAUUCUUCAUGUGCCUAUAGGAUUCAGGAAUUUCUCUGUCAAAGACAUGUCCCUCUUUGUUAAGCAAUCAAACGGCAGAGUGAACCUUCUUGCUUCUUUAUCUGAAAUUUAUCAUACUUCUGAAGAUGAUUUGAAGAGAUCAAUGGAAGUAACUUACUCUCUAAUAAUAGAUAUUUUGAAGAAGAAUCCGUGCUGUGCUUCAGGAUGCAAAACAGAAAAUUUAGACCACAUUGAUACAGAAGGACUGAAGGUUUUUGAGGAUUUGCUCGAGGAGAAGUCAUUGCAAUCAAGUUUGGAAAUUUUAGAAAAAGAUUAUAGUGAUUUAUUGAACGCUAAGUAUGAGCUGGAUGAACGCAUUUUCAUAAACACUGAAGAUAGUUUACUUGAUGCUAAAAACAUGUCUGGAGGCACAACUAGGUUAUUCAGCACUAAGUCGAAUUUGGAUGACUUAGCCUCUCCUGCACGGUGGGCAGCUAGCCUUUUGACUCCUCAUUCUCCUCCACUGUUAAAUGGUUCGCUCAAUUGUAACUCUAAGAUAGCUCCAACACCUGUAAGCACAGCAAUGACAACUGCGAAGUGGCUUCGAGAAUUUAUUUCCCCUCUUCAUUCCAAACCUUCAGCAGAACUUGAGCACUUCCUUACAUCUUGUGACCAAGACAUUACUAGCACUGUGACCCGAAGGGCCAACAUAAUACUGGAGGCAAUUUUUCCAAGUAGUUCUUUUGGAGAACGAUCCAUUUCUGGGAGUCUUCAGAGUGUUAACAUGACUGAAGACGUGGCAUGGGCACAAGAGAGAAAAAUGGAGGCCCUUAAGUUGUACUAUAAGGUGUUGAGGGAAAUCUGUCUAGCAGAAUCACGAUUCCUGAAUCAUAAUAAUCUUACAUCACUAUUAUCCAAUGAGCGUUUUCAUCGGUGCAUGCUUGCUUGUUCUGCAGAAUUAGUUUUGGCAACACACAAGACAGUUAUUUUGAUGUUUCCUGCUGUCCUGGAUAGAACUGGAUUAACAGCUUUUGAUAUGAGCAGGGUGAUUGAGACUUUCAUUAGAUACGAAGAGACUCUACCAAGAGAGUUAAAGAGACAUCUGAAUUCUUUGGAAGAGCGACUCCUUGAAAGCAUGGCAUGGGAGAGGGGUUCAUCGUUAUACAAUUCUUUGAUCGUUGCUAGGCCAGCUCUUGCUGCAGAAAUAAAUAGCCUGGGGCUAUUAGCUGAACCAAUGCCAUCUCUUGAUGCAAUUGGAAUGCAUCAUGAUAAUUCAAUUGCAGACUUGCUUCCUGAGCUCUCCCAAAAAGCAGUUACUUGUCCAGAUAACAGGGGCGAUGCCAGAUCACCAAAGAGACCAUGCACCGAAAACAGAAGUCUGUUUGUGCAAUGUAAUUCUACACCAACACGCAAGGAACACAUGUUGACCUUUAAUUAUCUCAAAUUCAAGACACCACCUCUCCAGUCCAAAUUUGCAAGUCCUUCCCAACCUAACCCUGCUGGAGGGGAAAUAUGUGCUGAAACAGUAAUUAGAGUUUUCUGCAAUAAAAUUCUGAAGUUAGCUGCUAUAAGGAUCAAAAGCUUGGGUGAGAAGCUACAGCUGUCUCAGCAAAUUUUGGAAUAUGUCUACCGUAUGUUUCAACAAAUCCUUUGUCAAAGGACAUCUCUUUUUUUCAACCGACACAUUGAUCAAAUUAUUCUGUGCAGCUUGUAUGGAGUUGCUAAGGUUUGUCGUGUAGAUCUGACCUUCAAGAGUAUUGUCAAUUAUUACAAGACUCAACCACAGUGUAAACCUCAUGUUGUCAAAAACAUCUUUGUCGCUGUGCCAUCAGCAAAUCGAAAUGGGAGAAUGGUCCAGGAAUAUGUGAAUAUUAUUACUUUCUACAAUCAAAUAUUUAUUCCAUCUGUAAAGCCUUUGUUGGUGGAGCUAGUCCCAGCCGGAGUUGCUGCAGAAGAUAAGAAUCAUGCUGACAGUCAAGUUCCUGGGUCACCUAAGUUGUCCUCAUUCCCAAAUCUUCCUGAUAUGUCACCAAAGAAAGUUUCUGCUGCUCAUAAUGUCUAUGUUUCUCCCUUACGACAAACAAAGAUGGAUGCUUUGAUUUCUCCGAGUUCAAGGAGUUUCUAUGCGUGCAUCGGUGAGAGCACUCAUGCUUAUCGAAGUCCAUCCAGUGACUUAACUGCCAUCAACAACCGCCUCAACGGCGGCGAUGGCAGGAAUCUUAAGGGCAGAAUAAAUUUCGACAUCGUGAGUGACUCGGUAGUCGCUCGCAUUCUCGGGAAGAACAGUUCUGCUUCCUCAGAUGCCCGUGCCACUACCAACUUGCCCAUGAAGCGUGACGAACCUGACCCCUGAAUAGCUCUCUGAUACACACAUGCCUUUAACUAGCCAAUCUAUAACCAGUACAAUAGUUUAGGUUUUUACCCAGGAGAAUCUCAAGUUUGAUUCGUGGUUUGUACAUGUGCUUACUGAUAGGUACAUAGAAAUAUAGAGUUAGCAGCUCGAGUUGUAGAAUAACCAACAGAGCUGCUGCAUGUCAUUCCCCAAUUGCUAUACACGUCCAAAGUGCGACUUAUGUAUGUUGAAUGACUGAUUUAAAUUAAUAAAUUUUUUAUUUAUUUUCUUAGGUA